AUAUUGACAUUCACGAUGCUUUUACUUCAUUUCAGUUCAAAAAAAAAUGGCUUAAGAAGACGCGAACAAAACCAGUAAGCUCGAACAAAACAAACUCCUGGACUGGUGGUUCCGAGUUUAAGUUUUUUCAGAUGAGUGAAGAAGCAAGUCCCUCGAAUGAUAAAAUGGAUAUUUCUGAAACAUCUGAUGCCUCUAGUCACGAUUCGAAUAAUUCUAGUCAAGUUUUGAAUUUCGCAAAUAGCGCAACUCAUAAAGGGGACGUACUUGAUAAUACAAAAUAUGAUACCUCAAUGCUGCCUAACAAGAAUGUGUCAUCAACACAGAAUGCAACCAACUCACAUCCAUUAAUGUACUCCUGUACAUCACCAAUAUCACCUGAUUAUCCGGAUUUGAUACCUGAAAAACCGAAAAGUAAACAUUCUGUCUAUGAAAAACAUACCUUCAAACAAGAUUGUCAUAACUCAGGGUUUGAAAACAUUUCUGAAUGUGGUAACUAUGAAAAACAGUUUCAUUUUGAGUUGCCAGCUCCAGAACAAUAUAAUGAAUUGCCAGAUUUUCCUGAAAGCCCAUCAGCUUUGAAGAAGUCGUUAAUGUAUGAUUUACCUUUAGAAGUCACCAAUGCAGAGUUAAGUGAUACAGAGAAUGACAAAUCUGUAUAUGAAGCACACCUCAGUUCAAAUCUACAAAAUGUUUGUCUUACGAUGAAUGAAAAGGAGGGAAACCUGAAUUUUUUAGCACACAAAAAGCGUAGUAACAAAUUGCGUCGAGUUAAAGUAAUGCAAACAGAGGCAAGUGAAGAGAGCGACAUUUCAUCUUUGGACAGCAUUUCGGAAAGUUUAAAGUCAGAACAUGUAUUUACGGGUCAGUUAGAAAUAAGUGGCGAGGAUCAAGAAAAUGAAGAUAAUUCUCCAGAACCUAUUGAACCAUUAAGCGCUGCUGAUGAACGAAGGCACGCAAGACACUGGCAACGCAUGGUUCUACCUGGAGGCGAGCAAAGAACAAUAGACAUGAGAGUAAUUGAACCUUAUAAACGAGUACUCUCACAUGGCGGCUAUCUGAGAGCUGGGGGGCAUACUGCUAUAGUCAUUUUUUCAGCUUGUUAUCUGCCAGAUAAAUCCAGAGUAGAUUAUGUUUAUGUAAUGGAUAACCUUUUUUUGUAUAUAUUAUGGACACUGGAGCGUUUAGUAACUGAUGAUUACGUUUUGGUAUAUCUCCAUGGAGGUGCUACAAAAUUACCUGCUUUUAGUUGGCUUAAAAAGUGUUACCAGAUGGUGGGUAGAAAGCUACGAAAAAACUUAAGUCACUUGUAUUUAGUCCAUCCAACAUUAUGGAUUAAAACUAUGCUUUUUAUGGCAAAACCAUUUAUUAGUUCAAAAUUUUACCGUAAGAUUACCUAUGUUGCCACUUUGAAAGAGUUGAUGGUGCGGGUUCCGUUAGAGGCAGCAGCAAUUCCUGAUAAAGUUAAAGCUUAUGAUAGCUUGCACUGCGUUACGUAGUUUAUUAACGUCAACCAUUUUGCCUUGCCUAUUACCUUUACAAAACAUUCCUAAAGCUUUACAAUGUACUUAAAAACCAGGUUUUGGUUUUAAUACAUCGAAGUAAUUAUAUAUUUAUAACUUUUUUUAACGUAAAAUGUUAAUUUAUUACUUUUGUUUAUUUUUUUAGAAGAAUGUUGAAUGUGGUGUACCUAUAUGAAGUAUUUCAUUAGCAAUAUGUUUGUAGGAUGUAAUAAAGAGGGUAUUUGUUGGUAAGAAA